AUGUCGGCGAGGCAUUUUAUCAACGAUCCUAUUCUACUGGUCAACUCGGCCCUCGAGAGCCUCACUCUGACGAACCCUUCCGUGGCCCUGGAUGCUGAGAAUAAGAUUGUCUACAAGAGACCCAGUCAUGAGCCCUCGCAGGUCUCAAUUAUUAGUGGCGGCGGCAGUGGCCACGAGCCGAGCUUCGGCGCCUUUGUCGGUUCUGGCCUACUCUCCGCUGCCGUAGCCGGGACCAUCUUCGCAUCGCCUAGCGCCGAGCAGAUACGAAGGGCCAUAACUUCGAGAGUGGAUACUAAUAAGGGCGUCUUGGUUACCGUCAUGAACUACACUGGAGACGUCCUGAAUUUCGGUAUGGCCGUCGAGAAGGCAAAGGCUGACGGCCUGAACGUCGAAAUGGUCAUUGUUGGUGAUGACGUUGGAGUCGGCAGGGAAAGAGGGGGUAAGGUGGGCAGGAGAGGAAUUGCUGGGACGGUACUAGUGCACAAGGUAGCUGGCGCCCUCGCAGCACAGGGACGCAGCCUCGAAGAAGUUUACAAGGUCGCAAAACUUACCGCAGCCAAUCUCGUGAGCGUCGGAGCCAGCCUUGACCACGUGCAUGUGCCCGGGAGAGCAGUCGGUUCCAAUGCCGCCGAGAGCCUUCAAGAAGGCGAGGUAGAAGUUGGAAUGGGUAUCCAUAACGAGGCAGGGUCAGGGCGAAAGAAAGUUAAUCUUCCGGAGCUUGUAGGCACGAUGUUGUCGCAGCUUCUGGACCAAAACGACAACGACAGAGCGUUUCUUAACGUAAAUUCUAACGAAAUAGUGCUGCUCGUGAACAACCUUGGGGGUGUUAGUGUUCUCGAACUAGGUGGUAUUACUACCGAGGUGGUAAAGCAGCUGAAAUCAUCCUGGGGUAUUCAGCCAGUGAGAAUCCUUAGCGGAACAUACAUGACGAGUUUGAACGGCCUGGGGUUCAGUAUUACGCUCCUAAAUGUCGUAAAUACAGAUAUCGGUGGUCCCAGCAUGAUUCAACUAUUAGACUAUCCGUGUGAAGCUACCGGCUGGUCAGCGCCGAUCCAAAAAACCACAUGGGAAGAAAAUAAUACUGCUACUAGGGAAACCAGCACUGGUCCCGACCAGAGCAUCAAGCAAAGCGGCCUCAAAGCCAAUGGGAGUGCUUUUAAUGAGGCCUUGGCUUCAGGUUUGCAAGCCAUCAUCGCUGCCGAACCAGAAGUGACAAGAUAUGACACUGUGGUUGGAGAUGGCGACUGCGGUAUCGGGUUGAAGCGUGGCGCUGAAGCUGUCCUCAGUCAUAUAAAAGAGAAGCCAGCCACGGGCGACGUUGUGGUCGACCUCGCUCGUAUCGUCACAAUUGUCGAGAAUGCAAUGGAUGGCACUUCAGGGGCAUUGUUCGCAAUCUUCCUAAACGCUCUGGUCCAUUCACUCCGAACCCUCGCACCAGGAGACGCUUCUCCUGAAAUAUGGGCUGCCGCUUUAAAGCAGAGUUGCGAUGCACUAUCGAGAUAUACACCGGCCAGACCUGGUGAUCGCACACUGGUAGAUGCCUUAUAUCCAUUCGUGGAGGUCCUCAGAAAGACCGGGGACCUCAAGAAGGCCGCUGAAGCUUCAAAGAAAGCUGCUGAGGAUACUAAGGGGAUGAAACCUAGCUUAGGUCGGGCAGUGUAUGUUGGGGGUUCCGGGUUUGAGCAGGUACCUGAUCCAGGCGCUUGGGGAUUGGCGAGUUUCUUCCUGGGCUUGGCCGGGAUCAAAUCUGAGGAUGAUAGCUGGGAAACUGUAUAA